GUGGAAAUCCCUUUUGAGACAGCUUUGGAGCAGGGACAGUCUGCUGAGGAGGUUGAUGAGGCGCGGAGUUCGUUUGGGGUUCGGUGGGUGAGGGUAUCUGAUGAUGAUGGUGAUGAUGAUGAAUCCCAGGGAAGGGACAACACUGUUGAGCGGCUACGCGCGCAGUAUCACUCGAUGCAGGAGCAAGAGUCUGGUCUCUUCCUACCGAUCUUCCUGGUUGUGUCUUCGUCGGCCGUGGCGUCUGUGCUGUCUACGAGUGAAAGUGGAGAUGAGAAAGUGAGAACGACCAGUCCGCGGUGGAGAACCGGAGCGCCGUUCCUGCUUGCGGUUGCUGCGACGGAGGAUCAAGGUGUUGUGAGUGACGAUAAUGACCAGGAGGCUGGUGGGGAGAAAGACUGGUUCAAGUCUGUCUUUCGUGUUGCGAUGGAGGUACUGGUAGAUGAGCUGUGGCCGGUGGUCGAGGAGCAGAUGACGACGCUGGGGAGGAUGACGAGAUUUGUACAGCAGGCGGAGGUGACGGAAGAUAUACCAAUUUUAAUAGAUGAGGAAGAUGGAUUGGAUUCUAUCUGGUGGUCUGUACAUGCGCCGCCGCGUCAUAUGAGGAAGCGGAGAAGAUUGUUUACAUAGACUCAAGAUUAUUACUCUUAUAUAGUAAGUCUCCAUCCCGUCUACUGCCUCAGCUUAGGCGAGCUCACUUCCCGAAGUCUAUCGCCACACUACAUCCAAAGGCGCCGUCGUUGAAGUAGGGCGUCGACUGUUGGUGCUAGGGAUGGUGAUGAAACAUACACGCGAAAUACAACUGGCCUGUUGUAUAGUCUAGCGGACCUUUGUAUUUGCACGGAAAACACGGCAUCGACUCAGUACGUGACUGGGACAGAUAAGGCCAAGUUGCAUUGGGCUGAGGUGCCAGA